AUGUCUGCCUGUGCCCACGCGUACCUCUCCGACACGUGGAACCGUGACAAGGUCAUGGCCAUUGUGCAGUUCCUUCCGAUGGCGCUGGAGGGCCCUGUACGAAAUGCCGGUUGUGAUUCCCUUGCCGCGUCCCUGGGCAACCUGUCAAAGAUGGCGGACGCGUACCGUGCGGUCACCCGUUUGUCGCUGGUGCUAAACGCGCUUUCGUCCAAGACGUUGGCGGAUUUGGCGAAGCCACGGGAAGAUGCCUUUGUUUGGCGCCUCGAGCAGGUUUCACACGCGUUCCACGUUGGCUUCUGCUUCAACGAGCACACGGCGGUGCUUGCGGGGCGCGGCGUGUUUAAGUCUGGGCUGGCGCGCCUGGGUGGUGUGGCUGUGCUUUGCUGGUUCUACACGCUUGUCCUGGGUUUGGUCCGGCAGGUGUACCUGCUGGCGAAGCACAGCCCCAAGG